UUCAACUCAAGGCAAUCCAUCGACAAUCCCAACGCUCGUCUCCAUCCUCAAUUUAUUGACUAUUGUAAUUUACUAAUAACGAAGAAACAUGGCCGCCGUCGCUGUCUCCGCCGCCUCCCCCGCCCACCACUAUAUCCGCACAAUCCACACCUCUUUCACCGUUGCCCACCCCAACCCAUGGGCUGCCCGCUCCUCCGCUGCACACUCCUCGCCCCUCCUCUCCUCGAACCACGCCAACCUCCCGCUGUACGCCAGCCAGCCCCUCGGCGCCGCCGGCCACCACGUGCAGCAUCAACAGCCCCUGAAGUACAACCACCAGCCUCCGUCAUCGACCUCUCCGAGCCCACCAGCGUGCGGCCGUCGACGAGCGUAUGCGUUCCGAGCGCCGAGCGUCACCGCCCCCACCCCGCGCAAGUCGUACAAGUUUGACCCCUUUGCGGACGAGCCGACCACACCCGUCCCCACGCUCUCGACGCUCGCUUCGUUGAGCGUCCCUCCGACGCCCAAGCUUGCACCCGCCGCUCUCCCCCAGCGACGUGCCACUUCACCUGGGCUGUAUAACCACCAGUUGCACCAGCAACAAAGGAGGAGUGUUGGAGGAGGGUAUGUUGCGCCUGCGCCUCGACGACAGGGUCUGGAUAACGGGAAUGGUGACAUCUGGCGUGGGUUCCCCUCGCCUAUCCCCAGGACUAGAACGCUGUCUUACGAGAUCGAGGAGUACGACUACGAGAUACCGUCCUCGUCGUCUCCGUCGUUGCGGACGACGCCUCUCACUCCCAAGCCUACCACCCCCGUUCGUGCCUCUCCAGCACCAACGACGACAGCGCGCCGAAGCCCGUCCCCACCUUCGACGCUCAACCCCGCCUCCCCCGUUUUCACCCCCAGUCGACCUCUGGCUCGUACGCCCUCCCCGCCGACGCCUGCUCCCCCUGUGACGUACGCCUCGACGAAAGCGGGUAUGCUCAACGAUAAGGAUGCCAAGGCCCGGUUGGUCGCUGGUAUCCUAUUGAACCGCGUCCAUGUUAGCAAGCCUAUGCGACGCCGCCCCGUUUUGGGAUCAGAGAAGAGGCCGUAUGUCCCGAGUGGGUUGAGCAAUGUUAUUGCGUGUGCGGCUUAGAUUUCCCUCUUUCCCUGACACCCUCUCCCCGACUCCCCCCUUCCCCACCUCGACGCUUCAAAAUCGACUCGACGCCGACCCUAUGUUUCUCAUCCAAGAUUUUGUUUUUCAAGUUUCCGUUAAUCGCGACGACUAUUAUGACGACCUCGCAUCUCUCUUCUCUUCUCAUGGAUCUCGCUCAUCAUCCAUCAUCAUCCGCACGUUCAGUUCAGCCUACACCCCACACGCAACCAUCCCUCAAAAAAUGCUUCGGCGUUUUGAUUAUUCUGUAUCAAUUCACUCGUUCGGAUUUUUUUUCUUUUCUUUCUGACUGACUGUUUGGUGUACCAUACUCCCUUUUCUUUCCUCGUUCGCUUUCACUCCCCCUUUUUUUUCCUCGUCUUUUCGGUCCCCUGGAGUUUUGAACAACUUGGUCCGUGACGCUUGUAAC